CUAGCUGUCACCUUCCCCGGUAUAAUGCUGAUGGGUUCAGCCUAAGGGCUUAUCUUAAUUGGGGUUGAUAACUUUUUAAGAGCCUUAAUUAUUUUAAGAUAGUUAUGAAACUUAAUGUAUUUUAACUUAAGGUCCAGUAACUCAAACCUAUUUAAGAUGUGGAAGUAUUCUGCUCGUAAACAGAAAUCCACAUUUUCGAUUAUCAAAUAUGAUUUUUGUUUAGAAAUAUGGUUGUAAUGUUAGCUUAUUCUAGUUUAUUUAGGUAAUUGUUUCUAUAUAAUGAGGGAAGGCUAUGUUUUGUUAACUCUAAAUCCUGACCAACAACCAAUAGUUAUUAAAAGGAGUUGGUGGAGGUCAUGGAAUCGAUUAUCUAGACUGCAGAAAAAUUUAAUUACUACUUUGAGUUUUUUUAUUAUUGUGGUGAUAUUUUACAAGUGGAUUUGGAAUGGAGGAGUACAAUUAGAAGAACAGUAUCAAAUUAAACCCUAUACAAUUGCUCUUGUAAAUGAAAAUAAAGUUGUUACUGCAGUUCCAGAGAAAGUUGAAAAGAAACUAAAUAUUAAGGAGAAUGUAGUUGAUAUUCCUGAACAAGCUCAAGCUCCUCAAGCUCAGGUUGACCAGCCAGUUUACUUCCAACAGAUGAGCAGAAUUAAUAUAAAUUCUGAAAUAACUGAUAGGCAAAAAGCUGUUGUGAAUGCAUUUAAACAUGCUUGGAGGGGCUAUAGAAAGUGGGCUUGGGGUCAUGACAAUCUAAGACCUAUUUCAAAAAAGCCUAGUAAUUGGUUUAAAUUGGGUCUUUCAAUUGUGGAUUCCAUAGAUACAAUGCAUAUUAUGGGAUUAAAAGAAGAAUUAAGAGAAGCUCAGGAUUGGGUUGAACAUUCCUUGAAGUUCACUGAAUAUAAUGAUGUAAAUUUAUUUGAAGUAACUAUACGUGUAUUAGGAGGACUCCUCUCUGCUUUCCAUCUCACUGGUGAAUCUAUUUACAAAGAUAAAGCUAAAGACCUUGGUGAAAGAUUACUACCCUGUUUUACACAAUCUCCAUCUCCGAUUCCAUAUUCUGAUGUGAAUCUUGCAUCCCAUAAUGCACAUUCGCCUGGUUGGGGCCCUGAUAGUUCUACAUCAGAAGUAACAACAAUACAAUUAGAGUUCAGGGACCUUUCUAGGAUUACAAAUGAUCCCAAAUUUGAGGAAGCAGCUAGUAAGGUAUCGAAACAUGUUCACACUUUACAAAAACUUGAUGGGUUGGUUCCUAUUUUUAUUAAUCCUAAAAACGGCUUAUUCCAAAGUUAUUCAGAUAUCAAACUUGGUGCUAGAGGUGAUUCUUAUUAUGAGUAUCUUGUAAAGCAGUGGAUACAGACUGGAAAAACUAUUAAAUAUUUACAUGACGAUUAUGUUGAAGCUAUUAAGGGCGUAGAGAAACAUCUUGUUAAUAGAACAUCUAAAAGAAAACUUCUUUUCAUCGGAGAACUGAAGGGUGGAUCGAAGGACUAUGUACCAAAAAUGGACCACCUGGUAUGUUAUCUGCCUGGUACAUUAGCAUUAGGAUAUCAUCAUGGACUACCAGAAUCGCAUAUGAAACUGGCCCUUGAUCUUCUUCACACUUGUUAUUUCACCUAUGCUGACAGGCCUACAUUCCUAGCUCCUGAGAUAACAUAUUUCAGUCUACAAGAUGAUGGAAGAGGAGAAAUGUAUGUCAAAAAUAGUGAUGCUCACAAUUUACUGAGACCUGAGUUUAUUGAAAGUUUAUGGUAUAUUUAUCAAAUUACUGGAAAUACUACAUUUCAAGACUGGGGAUGGGAGAUUUUCCAGUCGAUUGAAAAAUAUGCUAAAGUACCAGAUGGCUAUACAUCAAUUGGAAAUGUCAAUGAUCCUAAUGACACUAAACCGAAAGACAUGAUGGAGACUUUCUUCUUAAGUGAAACUUUGAAAUAUUUCUUUCUUCUCUUUUCAAAUAAUCGUAAAUUGUUGGAUAUAGAUAAAUAUGUUGUGAAUUCUGAAGGACAUCCAGUGCCUAUUUAUUCAUCCUGAAACAUAGCAUAUCAAGUAUUCUUUUUGAAGAUUACAGAUACGCUGCCUGGAGGCUAUUACAUUCCUGUUUUGUCUUAUAUUCUUUUAUCUCAGUAUGGUUGAAAAGAUUGAAGUAUUUUUUUGAACUUAUUCUGAGAUACAAUGGAAAAUAAAUACAAUCUUACUUUUUUAACACUUGAAAUAUUUUACUUUUUGACAUUGUGUAAAUUUUUACUAAAUAUCUAUUGAAUUUUAUGUUGCAAACAAUAUUGUUAACUAGUCAUAACCUUGUUCAAUAAUUUGUUAUACCAGUUGCUCAAAUUAAACGUCUUUUAUAAUUCAGUUAUAUUUUAUCAAAUUUUUUAUGUGAUCACAGAUUGUUUUUAGGCAGAUUUGUUGUAUUAAUGUUAUUAGUUUUACCUAAUUUUUUAUAUAAAGCUAGUUAUUUUAAAAGAAAAUUUUAUUAGAUUAAGUUUUGAGCCUGUAUGUUGUUAUUAGCACCUUGGCUGCAUAAAUAUUUUUAGUAUCACUUGUGAUUUAUGUUGUAACAUGGUUUUUAUUGUGAUAUUGUACAAUGAGAUCUUAAAUUAAUUUUAAUGUAAAUAUAAUUAUCUCAUUAAGAGGUCUUUAGUGUAAAUAAAUAUCUGUUCUCAA